AGUUAGAAAAAUGGAAUAAACCUAGGUAAACCUAGGACCUAGGUAAUCUUAAUACAUUCAGUAGCGAAUUAAUUUCCAGCCAGAAAUGAACGAAUUCACUUACAAGUUAAAAGCUGUCCAACAAAAGAUAAGAACUCGAGAUGCCUGUUCCCGCAUCGGAAUGCUACACCCCGGUAUGAUCUGCGCAGGCAGUUUUCAACGAAACGAUUCGAGACCAGCUAAGUAUGAACAAAUUAAUAUUAGAAGUAAUUAUUAUUUGGGUGAUUCAGGCAGUGGCUUAGUAUCAAUUAAUGAUUAUCAAAUACUUGGAUUAGUCUCACAUGUGGUUAAUGCUUAUCCUGCACUUAUUGUCUACACUAAUGUUUCAUAUUAUUACAAGUGGAUACAAGAGAAAUCUGAAAAAAUAUCUUGUCAUACUUGACCUAGGCCUGAUUUUUUUUUAUUCGAAAAGUAAAAGCAAAUUAAAAAAUGUUUUUAGAAUUUUGUAUUAUAAGCUAGUGUAACUAAAGUGUACAUGUGAAACUACAAUAAGAAAAAAUAAACAUCAAUUCAAUAAAUUCGUAAUCCAUUAUUUUUCAUAUGAAAAGAGGUGAAUUUUGUUUUAUAUACAAUCUGAACCUAUGAUAUUCCUCUAAUUUCCAUUUGAUUCCCAACCUUAAUUACUUAGGACGGCGAAUAUUUUAGAUUAGAGCAUUGCACUAAAAUGUAUUUGUUUGAA